AUGGCGUCUAAUGAACGUACAGGCUUUUACAAUGAGAGACAGAUCAUACAGUUAUUGGAUACAGUUCCCAACGUUCCGAAAUUGCCGAAAAUACCAGAUAUCAGUAAAUAUUUGAAUAGAAGCAAAACAAUAAAUAAAAGCAAUGCCAUCAGCGAUCGUCGUACAAUAAUUAAAAACUAUAUGUAAGUUUUGGCUGUAGAUAAUUAGCAUAGAAGUAGAUAGUAUUUUUUUCACUAUUUUUAUAUACAUAAUUUAUUUAUAGGAAUGAGUGCGCUGUAACACAGAAAAUUGACUUGAUGAUGGCUAAGAAAUCCAUACCAGUGAGUCGCCAAGAAGAGCUUAAGAUGCCUCAGAUUAAUUAUCAUAAGCAGCUAAGGGAUUUUGCUAAUGCCAUAGAGCCCACUCCAAUGCAAGAAUCGUGGAUAGAAAAUAUAAUAGAUGUACGGUUAAUUUUCGAGUAUACCUACUGGCAAUUACUAGAUUAUUUUUGUAACAUUAUAUUAUUUUAUUUCUUAACUAGAAAUCAAAGAUAGUGCGUUGGAAAAAAACCAAAAUGGCCUUAUCUCUAAUAGAAGAAGUGAAAGACGAAUAUAUUAAAGUGAUAAAAAAGUUGCAAGUUGAUGGUAUUGUUAAGCCUAUUCCAAGUUCUCAUGGUAUGUUACCGGAAAAGUCUCAAGAAAAACCACUGAAAACGGCGUAAUAAAUAUAGUACAUAUAUUUUACAUUGACAUUUCAUUUUAAUUCAAGCUUUAUUUUUGUAGUUUGGGAGGAAAAACCAAACACUAUCCAUUAUUUUUAAAAAGAAAAGCGCUAUUGGCAAAACGUUUACAUACAACUCAUCCGACUACAAUCAACAUUCUAUAUUUUACAAAACGUCAAGUUCCAAAGACGAUGAUUAAUGUAGAAUCAUAUAAGUAAUAUGUUUUAUACAUUAUUGAAGAAUAAUGUACAAAAUUACUAUAAAAUAUCGUGAGUUUGGUAUUAUUUUUAGAUUUAAUGAAUUUUCUCGAGAUCUUGACGACUUAAUGGCCACUUUAGAACACGACUUUCGGAGACAAGAUACGUAUUUGACUAAGGAUUGGUAUAAAAAGGUUAUAUUGAUUUUAACCAAGAAAGGCGCAAUUGAUAGCGUAACUUUAAAUACACUUCCUCAGUUUCUUAAAGGUGUUACAACUAUAAUUAGUCUAGAAGUAUGUUUUGAUUAAAUAUUAUAUAUUGUACAAUCAACUUUAAUUUGUGUAGGUACAUAAAAAAAACAUUAUAUAAUAUUUCCAAAGUCUAUACCGAAUAAAGUACAAUAAGUACUUAUAUAGAUAUUAUUUUAAUGUAAUAUACUAUUAAUAUAUUCCAAUUUACUAUGGACAAUAUUAAAUAUCAACAAAUAUUUUUACAAGUACACGUUAUAGGGACCAUAUAUAAAAUAUAUUACAGACUUAAGUAUGGUAAAUUAUUAUACCAUUCGUAGCGUAGUCAGGAUUUAUAAAAGGAGGAGGGGUAGAGGCGUCUAGGAGGUUUAGGAAAUCACAUCAUUGUUAACCUUACAUAUAGAUAAAAAAAAUUACAGAAAGGGGGGGUGGAAUAAAACAUUAUAAAAACUCCCUUUGUUACACCACUAGGCAGCAUCAUAGAAAUAUUUCGGAUAAUAUUAAUAUUAGGUUAAUCAUUUUUAUAGUACUUACUUGAUGACCGGAUACAAUUAUAAUCUUAAUUGGAUGAGUUGUUCUGUGAUAUAAUUUAUAAUUCACUGUGUAUUAUACACAGUGUACAAUUAAUGUACAAUAUUGGUCAGUAUUUCAGUAUCUAAUAAUGUUUCAUAGUUCACAUGGUGACAUGUUAUUUUGUGUGAUUUCAACGAUCGGUGGUAACGUAUAGGACUAAAAAUUCAAUUUUAAGUAUAUUAUUACAUCUUAUUAUUUAUUACACGACAAACGUAAAGAUAAAUCGUUUAAUAUAUUUUGUGCAAUUCUAAGUGCCGUAUAGUGGAUGUACCAGUUGUUAUUUAUAUUAAUAAAAUCCAAUAGGUUAUAAUAACAUAUAAUAUUUUAUUAAUUCUAUGGAAGUAUUAAUUUAGUCUUAUCGGUUUUUGACAUUAUCCGAUAGGCUAAUGCAAUAUUACCCCCAUGUGAACACUGAACAUUACCCGUGACAGAUAUAUUAGAUAUACGCUUUUUAUAGAUCGAUAAUACCUAUAGUUGUGUUUUUUUUUCAUUUACAGAUGGAACGCAUGAUUUUAAAAUCGAUCGAUCAUAUAGUAAAAGUAUUUGGAAAUAUCACGACGAUACCUAAAUUAAAUUUUACAUUGCAUUUUGUUGGUUCUAAAUGUAUCAGUACACCUAGUAUUGAUGAUAUAUGUGAUCAAUAUUGCUCGGUAUUGAACUUAGUGAGUAUUAUACUGUUACUAUAAAAUCCUAUUUUAGGACUUUCAAAGAGUAAAAAUUAUUUUUUAUAUGUGCUCAUAAAUCGAUUAUAAAAAAAGUGUCUUCAUUUAAAUUGUAACAAAAGAAAUGCGUUUUGAUACAUUACGUAUUUUAUUCGAUAUUUUAAGUUUAGUAAAUAAAUCUGUGGUCAAUUUUAAUCACGUUUAAUUUAGCUAAAUACUGCAGCCAGUGAAUUACCAUCUCUAGAGUAUCAAUUUAAAAUACCAGUGUCUUCCCAAUUUAUUUCAAUUAAACGCAGCAAACAAUAUUUGGACGAAGCAAAACUCAUUUUAGCCGAAAAGCUUAAUUUUUUAUAUAAGGAAUUAACGGAUUAUUUAAUUAAAUUGGGUAAGUCUAUGAAUAAUGCAAAAUAAAUUCAAUUUCUUUGAACUAUAUUAAUUAUUUACAGAAAAUGAUUUUUAUGACGUUGUUUAUGAAAAACAGUUUGGAAAUCUUACUACAUUUUUACAACAGUAUCACACAUACGAUGAACUAUUAGAAAAAUUAGAUUUUUUUCAGAGUUAUAGGAAUAAAGCUAUUGAACUCGUAGAUGGUUGGAAUUUUGAGCUUGGAAAGUAAAUAUCUGGAUUUAUACUAAAUUAUUUAUACCGAAUUAUCAUUCCUUGUUAUAGUAUCGAUCAAGUUGAUAUGAAGAAUCAUAUAUGUGAUUUAGCUAAAAGCUAUAUGGAUCAAAUUAUCGAACACAUAGUUAUUAAGCAACUAAGUAACGAUGAAAGGUAAGAAAUAUAUUUAAAAAUAAAAAAAAAUCAAACAACUUUAUUUAUUUGUAUUAUGUUUUGCUUUACAUAAGGCCUUCACUUGCUUGGUAAGUUUAUGAGUAGAUUUCUAUUUAUUGCAAAACGUAUAGUUUUAAUAAUUUCUUAUACAGGGUAUGUUAUAAAUUUAACGAAAUGGUUUCACGUGCUAUUUCAAAACCGAAGAAUUCGGAAGAGUUCUUAGCUCUUGGUGAUUACAUGCUAUAUGCAAGUACUACGUUUAUGACAGAGAUGACUCAAACAGUUAAAGAUUUAACUGUAGUUGCAUGCAAUAUAUCUCAGUACGCUGUGCUACCCAGAGAAUUUUGGGAGGUGCAUGCAUCUGCUAUUAAGUGGAUACAAAAUAUAUCGCCUGUUUUCGUUAAAUAUUCUAUUAUAUAUGAAGCAGGAAAAUCUAAUGCUGAAGAAACUCUGACAAAAGUUAUCAGUAAAUUGAAUUACGACUUAGACGCUUUUGCUCCUAAUCUUACUUUUUUGGAUCACAUCGAUGAUGUCAAUAAAUUAUAUGAAUAUAAACUAGUAAUACCAAUAAACAUAAUGACUUUUAUUUUGGUCUGAUUCACACGUAUUAAAAUUAAUUAUGCGCAUUGAUUUGUUUGUAGUUUGUUAAUACUCUACAAAGAAAAAUUGAGAAAUUUGAUGAUACAGUUAUUUGGAUUAAUAGAGAAGAAGAGUUAUUUAACAAACCUAUUAGCACAUUUCCGGAGCUCGAUGAAAUCAAAGUAAAUUAAUAAAUAUUUUAUAAAAUUUUAUAAUAACACUUUGGAAUUUUCGACAGUAAAUACGUUUAAUUUGAAUACAUUUCGUCGAAAGUUAAAAAUGAAUAAGUUAUUUUUGUUUUAGACAUAUGUAUUCAUUUUAUUAAUAGAUUCCCGAAAUAUAUUUUGAGAUAUUGGAAGUCUCUUGUGCGUAGAUUUGUAGAUAUAUAAAUUAAAAUAAUUAUAAGUCAAACUUAUAGGUUUUUACAAAGCCGUUUGUCGAUCUUAUUACAUUUUCUUAUCGUUGGUUUUUGAAGAAGAAUAUAUGGUUAUGCGGUGAUUUUGAUUCUCUUAGUUUACACGAAAUAGAGACAACAGUUGAUGAGUUUUAUAAGUAAAUACCUAAUAUUGUACACGUUUUAUUAAUAAUGAUAUUAAAUAAUUUGUCUUUUGUUAUUUAAUUCCAGAGAAGCCACAAAAGUGCAAUCAUCACUAAAAUUCAAAUGUAAAGAAAUGCUUUCACAAAACUAUAGUAAAAGAUAUGAGGGUUUAAUAGAUGAUGAUGAUAUGAACCUUUGGCCUGCACCUUUAAAGAUUGCUCAUCAAACAAUUAAUAGCAUGGACGAGUUUAGGGUUUGUUUACAUAUAUGACUUAUUAUAAAUUAUAUAAUCUAUUCAGUGUAUCGUUAAAAAUAUGAUUAGUACCUUACUAUAACGAGUAUAACGAACCCUAUGUUAUUAUUAUUAUUUAAUUAUUUUUAAUUUAAUCUUUUGAUUCUAUUAAAAUUACACUGACAUAUUGUAGUGUAUUUAAUAAUACAAAAAAGAUCAAUGUAUAAGCUCAUAUCAUAUGAGCAUAUAUAUAUAUAUAUAUAUAUAUAUGAGUCAUAUGUAUUUUUUAGCAAUACAUGUCAAUUAUCAGAAUUAUGUGUAAUCCAGCUUUGGCUGAGAGACACUGGGAAGAAAUGUCUGAACUGAUGGGAUUUGACUUGACUCCCAAUGCUGGUACUACACUUUCAAAAAUUAUCGAGUUACACUUAGAACACUUACUACCUCAGUAAGUUGCAUUAGUUUUGCUAUUAAAAAAAAUUAUAAAACUAAAUUUAAGCUCCGAAUUGCACUGAGGAUUUUUAUUAGAAUCUUUCUUCGAUUUUAAUUAUAGUAACACAUUUUUAAUGUAGGUAUCUAAUAUAAUAAUAAUAAGCAUGCGAAUAUUUUGUUUUUACUUUACCAUAACACUUAGAACCUAAUAUUAAUAAAAACAUAACUUUUGAUAGAUCACUUGUGAUGGAUAUUUAAUUGUUGUAUUAUAUUAAACCAGACAUAUCAAAAUCAAAGUACCUUGGUAUCAAUUUCUGUAUACAUCAGUAACAGUAGAAAACGUAUAAAUAAUUUCCGUUUAUUUGAGAAAUAAGGCACUAUAUUUUGUCACUGUAAAAACUGUAUAGUUUUCCAUUUACUGAUUGAGUUUAAAUAUGUAUAAUUAUCUGAACAAUUAUAGUUUAUAUGCACAUAUUUAAAUGAUAGUCAUCUACUUCAUGAAAAUGGCAGUGCAUCAUUUGUAAAAAUAAAUUUAUGUAGAAAUGUAAUAAUGUUUUAUGCGUAUAUAUUUUAAGUAUAAAAAUAAUACCUAAUACGUUAAUUUUCGUAAAUCAUAGAAAUAUAUUUUUGUAUCACAGCCGUUGAAUAAUGUAUAAUUAUUUAUGUACAUUUAUUAAUUCAUACUGUUCAUAGUUACAUGUUCUGAUGUGCUCUGAAAAAAGUGUACAAACAAUUUGUUUGAUCCUUUGUAAUCAUGAUCUAAUUCGAUAUCUUGUUUAGAGUAAAAUUGUGUAACUACUUUUCAUUGAAAAAGUUCGAUAUUCAUCUUCCUGUAGAACGUAUCUGAUAUUUAUAUUCACUACAUUUAUUCUAUCCCUAUAUAAAAAAAACUGAAGAUAGUAAACAAAAUUUUUAAAAACAAUUUAGUUUGUUAAUAAUAUUUAUUUAUAUUUAAAAUAUUUACAGUGUAUCUUUGUUAUUUAAAGUAAUUUUAUUAAUUAUAAUAUACUUUUUAUAGAUUUGAGGUUAUCAGCAUUAGUGCUACUAAAGAAGAGGAAUUACGAAAAUCGUUACAAAAAAUGAAAGAAGACUGGAAAACUAUUCAAUUAUCUGUCAGCCCGUACAAGUAUGAUUCCUAACAAUAUUAUAUAAAAUAUAUGAAUAAUUAAUAGUAAUAAAAGAUAUAAGUACCAAAAAUUAUAUUUUUUUUUUCUAAGGGAUUCAAACAUUAAUAUAUUGACCGGGUUAGACGACAUACAAGCGUUACUUGAUGAUCAUUUUAUUAAGACUAUAUCGAUUCGUGGUUCAGCGUUUGUCAAGCCUAUAGAAAAUGAAGUAAAAGAAUGGUUCAAUACAUUGAAUCGUAUGAAUAUGACACUUGAAGAGUGGGAAAGAGUACAGAUACAAUGGCUUUAUCUUAUGCCAAUAUUUAGUUCUAAAGAUAUUGUUUUCCAAAUGCCUAAAGAAGGAAUACAGUUUAAUGUAAGAUUAUUAUAUGUUCUAUUCUGGUUAAUAUUUAAAUUGAUUUUUGUGUUUUUAGGAAAUUGAUAAAGUUUUUAGAAGAUUAUUAAGUAUGGUAGAUUCAGAUUCAUUAGCUCUUAAAUGUGUAAGCCAAAAAGGUAUUCUUGAAUCACUCAUUAAAUGUACCGAAAUGAUGGAAACUAUUAAUUUGGGAGUGAAUAAUUAUUUGGAAAAUAAACGUCUAUUAUUUCCAAGGUAAAACUAAAGUGUACAUACAGGGAUAUAAGAUAAAAUAAUUUAUUGUAAAAUAUUUAAAUCCAAAUCUAGAUUCUUCUUUCUAUCAAAUAAUGAAAUGCUAGAUAUUUUAUCAGAAAGUAUAAAUCCUAAAAGAGUUCAGCCUCACUUAAAAACAUGUUUUGAAGGAAUCGCUAAACUUGAAUUUAAUGAAAAUUUGGAUAUUUUAAAGUUUUGUAGUAGUGAGGGUGAAACAAUCGAUCUAAAUCAAAAUAUUUCAACUAUAGAAGCAAGAGGAAGUGUAGAAAAUUGGUUAAUCAAGGUUCUUUUAAAAUCAGCAAGAUAAUAUUAUAACUCAUAAUAAUAAUGUAGGUAUAUCUCUAUAAUAGGUAGAAGAACAAAUGGUGAUUUCAAUUAGAAAAUUAAUCGAAAAUGCUUAUUGUGAAUAUCCAACUGAAGAAAGAAAAACGUGGGUACAGAAAUGGCCCGGUCAAUGUGUUUUAUGUGUCAGCCAAAUGUUUUGGACCGCUGAAGUUCAUAAUGUAUUUAUGACAAAAAAGCCUCAAGGAAUGCGAAAUUAUCAUCAUUUUUUGACUGUAUUUCUUUACUUAUAUUUAUAUGUGGGCAUAAUUAAAUUUUUUAUUUUUUUUUUAGAAUCAAUUAAAUAAUAUCGUAGAUAUAAUUCGUGGUAAAUUGAACAGGCAAACAAGAAUAUCUCUAAGUGCAUUGGUUACGUUAGAUGUUCACUGUCGAGAUGUUGUUAACGAUUUGGCAAAUAACAACAUCUCUAAUGAAAUGGAUUUUAAAUGGCUGUGCCAGUUAAGGUGGUAGUAAAUUAAUAAAUAUUUAUUUUAUUUUUAGUUAUUAUUAUUAUUUGUAUAUUUAUUAAGAUAUUACUGGAAAGAUAAUGCCUUCGUGCAUAUUACGAAGGUUACUAUAAAAUAUUCAUACGAAUACCUGGGAAAUACGCCUAGACUUGUUAUCACUCCUUUAACGGAUAGGUGUUAUCGCACUCUAAUUAAUGCAUAUUAUUUACAUUUGAAUGGUGCACCCGAGGGACCAGCUAGUACCGGAAAAACAGAAACAAUAAAAGAUUUAGCAAAAGCUUUAGCUACACGGUGUAUUGUAUUUAAUUGCUCUGAUAGUCUUGACUACUUGGCGAUGGGAAAGGUAAGCGUAAUAAUGAGUUUUAAUACCUUUCUAAUUAUUAUACAACUGGAUUAAUAGUUUUUUAAAGGGUUGGCUUCAUCUGGAGCUUGGGCUUGUUUUGACGAAUUCAACCGUAUAAGCAUUGAAGUAUUGUCAGUGGUUGCACAACAGAUUUUAAGUAUUGUACAAGCAGUAAGAACUAAUGUGGAUCAUUUUGUAUUAGAAGGUACAGAACUCCGAUUGAACCCCAGAUGUUUUAUUUGUAUUACUAUGAAUCCAGGAUACGCUGGAAGAUAUGAACUUCCUGACAACUUAAAGGUUUAUAUAUUUAUAAAGUGUACUUAAAAAUUAUUAAUAAAAUACGAGUGUCACACUUUAUUAUGAUUCAUAGGUUUUAUUUAGAACUGUUGCUAUGAUGGUGCCUGAUUGUACUAUAAUAGGAGAAGUAUCAUUAUAUUCCUAUGGAUUUUUAAAUGCGAGAGAAUUAUCUGUUAAAAUUGUUACUGUUUAUAAACUGUGCUCAGAACAAUUAUCAUCACAACCACAUUAUGAUUAUGGUUGAAUAAUAAAAAACAUUUGAUUAAUUAUAAUUUAUAUGGAUAAUAUAAUUUUUUUUUAUUAGGAAUGCGAGCUAUAAAAACUGUUCUAAUAGCAGCUGGGAAUUUAAAAAAAGAGUUUCCAGAAGAUGAUGAAUCACAAAUAUUACGUCGAUCUAUUUUGAACGUUAAUUCAGCUAAAUUGUUAAACAAAGACAUUCCUUUAUUUAAUGGUAUAAUUUCUGAUCUAUUUCCUGAUGUUGAAUUAUCGAAUCCAGAUCAUACAAAUUUUAUUUGUGCUGCGAAGAUUGUACGUUUAUAUUGAAAUUGAAAGUUAUGGAAAUAUUUAAUUCCUUUAUUUGUUUUAGAUGUGUACAGAAAUGUGUUUACAACCAAUUGAUGCAUUUAUUGAAAAAUGUAUUCAAACUUACGAAAUGAUGGUAGUUAGACAUGGGUUUAUGUUGGUCGGAAAUCCAUGUGGGGGAAAAACUUCAUUACUUCAUUUACUUGCAAAAACUUUGAACCUACUAAAUAAACUCGACCAUAGAGAAGAAAUGGUUGAAUAUGAAACAAUUAAUCCCAAAGCGUUAACGUUAGGUCAACUUUAUGGUUGUUUUGAUGAGGUAACACAUGAAUGGUCUAACGGAGUUGUAGCUAACAUAUUCAGGUACAAUAUUAUAUUAUUAAAAAUAACAGUGUUUCUACAGAUUGUAUUUAUUUGUAUGUUGACACAAAUGAGACUUUGGUCCAGUUUAAUCCCCUCAGAUCUAAUCCCUAUCAAAUAAGUUCCAAAUAUAUAUAGGUAUAGUCAAUUUAUUGGAGCUUAAUUUUUGAGCUUUUUGCGCCUAUACUUAUACACAUAUUAUUAUGUUAUCUAUAUGUUUAAAUAUACGAUUUGCAUUUGUUAUGUAGGCAAUUUGCAAUAUCAGAGACUUCAAAUAGAAAAUGGUUAAUAUUUGAUGGUCCUAUUGAUGCAGUUUGGAUAGAAAAUAUGAAUACAGUAUUGGAUGAUAGUAAAAAGUUGUGUUCAAGUUCUGGUGAAGUUAUUGACAUGCCGGAUUAUAUAUCUAUGAUAUUUGAGACAAUGGAUCUUACUCAGGUAUGUUCUUUAUUUACUUGUAGCAUAAUAAUUGUAAAAAUAAAUUGUACUAACUUAGGCGUCACCGGCAACUGUGUCUCGCUGUGGUAUAAUUUAUUUGGAUCCUUUAAAUUUGGGUUGGAGGCCAUUAAUUGAAACUUGGAUUAAAACUUGUCCGGAAUCUUGGUCUUUAGAUCAACAUGGUAUUGAUAUAAUGUAUUUAUUUGAUUGGAUAGCUCCUCCUUGUCUGCAUUUCGUUCAUCAAAAUUGUGUUGAACUGAUUAAUGCUGGGGAAGCAAAUACUGUUUUGUAAGUAAUUUGUCUCUGAUUAUUUUAGUUAUUUAUUUUAAUUUUGAUUGGUUUGAAUUAUUUUACAGAAACGUUUUAAAUAUACUAAAAAUGCAAUUAAAAAAUGCGAGUGUUGAUAAUCCGACUUUUAAUGAACACUUUACAAAUUAUUUGCAAGGAUCUUUUGUGUAUGCUUGUAUUUGGGGUUUUGGGGGAACGAUUGAUUCUAGUUCACGAUCAGCAUUCGAUCUUUAUUUCAAAGAAUUGUGGAAAGGAAAGAUUCCUAGUGUGGAACCACCAGAAACUUUAAGUCCAUUGGACAUUCCCAUACCCAACGAUGGAGUAUUAUAUGACUAUUUUUAUAGUUGCACGGGUAGAGGAUCUUGGAAAAAUUUAUCGGAAGUUGUGAAAAAUAAUACAAUUGAAGAAAUUACUAAUAUUGAAAACAUUUUUGUGCCUACACUUGAUACGGCUAGGUAACUUAAAAAUAAGUAAUUAAUAUAAAUAUUAAGAAUUAAUUUAAAAUUUGUUCAUAAAAUUAUAGGUACAUGCAUUUAGUUGACAUGUUUAUUUCUCAUCGCAAACCAUUAUUAUUUUUUGGUCCUACGGGUACAGGGAAAACUCUUUACAUAAGAAAUUAUAUAAUGAAUAAAUUGUCUUUAGAUAAAUACGUUCCAUCUGUUGUUACAUUUACGACUCAGACCUCAGCUAAUUUUACCCAAGAAAUUAUAUUGUCUAAACUCAUAAAGCGUAAACGCGGUGUAUAUGGUCCACCCUUGGGUAAAGUUUGUGUGAUUUUUAUUGAUGAUAUGAAUAUGCCUGUUAAAGAAAAAUAUGGAGCACAACCUCCUAUUGAGUUAUUGAGGCAGUUUAUUGACCAUAAUCACUGGUAUGACACAAAAAAUACAACAAAAGUUUAUCUUAAAGAUAUUCUUUUAUUGUCAGCAAUUGGUCCAACUGGUGGAAAUCGACAUGAUGUGUGUGCAAGAUUUUUGCGACAUUUUGGCUUGUUUGCUCUAAAUUCAUUUGAUGACGAAAGUAUAACAAAGAUUUUUUCAAAUUUACUUCAAAUUGGAUUAAAAGUAUGUUAAAUAAAAGUCACUUCAAAUUAGAAUUUGUAUUAUUUAAAAUCAAUUUUCAGAGAAAUGGUUUUACGCUAGAGGUGGUUCCAAUUAUCGACAACAUUAUCCAAUCAACAAUUGACUUAUAUAGAUCAGUUAUUAAUAAUCUGGCCCCCACUCCUGCAAAAUCACAUUAUUUAUUCAAUUUAAGAGACAUUUCAAAAGUGACAAAUGGAAUACUUCUGUUUCGUAAAGAUAGUUAUAGUAACCGAAAAGUAUUUGUGAGGUAUAUUUUAUUAAAAAUGCAAAAGUAUUUGAAAAAUAAUAGUGCUACAAAAAUAAUGUAUUAUGUGCAUUAUAGAUUGUGGGUACACGAAAUUAUGAGAGUAUUUUGUGAUCGUCUUAUCGAUGAAAAUGAUAAAGAAUGGUUGUUUAAUAAAAUUCGUUCAAAUGUUAAUAUAUAUUUUCAAGAAACUUUUGAUAUAGUAUUUAAUAACUUAUCAGAUUCGACUGUAUGUAAUUUUAAAAAUAUAUUUUUUUAUCUACUCAUAAUUCAUAAAUGAAUUAAAACUGUAGUUCAUCGAUUGAUUUUUAGCCUAUUCUUUGUCAAAAUAUGGGAAAUCUCUUGUAUACUAAUGUUAUAGCAUUUGAUGAUUCAAAUGAAAAAAAAUACGAAGAACCACCUUCAAUAUCAAAUUUAGAAGAAAAAGCUCAAAUAAUAAUAGAUGAAUACAAUAUGAAACACAAAUCGAAACUAAAUAUCGUUUUGUUUAAGUAAAAUUUUUACAGUAUUUAUUUUUUUUUUUAAUACAACUUUAUUUUUAAAUGUAAAUAGAUAUGCUCUUGAACAUUUAUCGAGGAUUUGUAGAAUUUUAACGAUACCCGGUGGAUCUGCAUUAUUAAUUGGAGUUGGAGGUUCAGGUCGACAAUCCCUAACACGCUUAGCAGCGGCUAUGUAUAACUAUAAUGUCUUUCAACCUAAGAUUAUUAAAGGUUAUGGAUUAAACGAGUGGAGAAAUGAUUUAAAAAUGAUACUAAUAGAAUCCGGAGGAAAAAAUCGUCAAACUGUGUUUUUGUUUAGUGAAAGACAAAUAAAAGAAGAAUAUUUUUUACAAGACAUUGAUAUUUUAUUGAAUUCUGGUGAAAUACCAAAUUUAUUUAAUUUAGAUGAACAACAAAAUAUAUUAGAGGUAUAAAUUAUUAAUUUUAUUUAAUUAUGAAUUAAGUCCGUUAGGACAGUUAUAUGAAAGGUUCAAAUUUUGAAUACUUAAUACGUUAUAUAUGUGUUAUAGAUGGUAAGAUUUGCUGCUCAAGGUGGAAAUAGAAAUUUAGAUAUUGCUCCAUUGAUUGUUUUCAAUUAUUUUAUAAACCGCUGUAAACAAAAUUUGCACAUUUGUUUAUGCUUUAGUCCAAUCGGUUCAACAUUUAAAAACUUAUUGCGACUUUAUCCGUCCAUGGUCAAUUGCUGUACAGUUGAUUGGUUUAGGGAUUGGCCAGAUGAUGCCUUAGAAAUGAUUGCUCAUAAGUACUUGAACGACGUUAAUCUUUCUGAGAAAAUUAAAAGUUCUGCUGUUACUGUUUGUAAACAGUUUCAUUUUGAUGCUAAGUAAGUAUUAUUAAAUAUCUAUAUAGUAAACAAGCAAUCCAAAUAAUUAAAUAUAUUCGAUUACAGAAAAUUAUCUUUGGAAUUCUAUUCUACCACGCGGCGUCAUACAUACAUUACAUCUGCAUCAUAUUUAGAUUUAAUCCAAGCAUAUACGAAAUGUACAAAUCGUAAACAAAAAGACAUUAUGGAAGCAAAAAUGCGCUAUAUCGGUGGCCUUCAGGAAUUAGAUUAUGCUACUUUACAAGUUAGUCAGAUGAAAGAAGAUUUAUUUAAACUUCAACCACAGCUACAGCAAGCUCAAAAAGAUACUGAAGAAAUGAUGACAAUGAUUUCUCGCGAGACGGUUGAAGUAGGAAAAGCUACUGCUAGAGUACAAGAAGAUGAAAAAGUUGCAAAUGUUCAAGCUGAAGCAGCAAAUGAAUUGAAAACAGAAUGUGAAGCUGAUUUGGCUUUAGCUAUACCCGUUUUAGAAGGUGAGAAUAUAUUAUUUGGAAAAUAUAGUUUAAAAGUUUGAAUAAAACAAUGAACUAAACGUUUAUUUAAGUUCCUUUCCUUCAUUGGAAAUUAAAAUAUUAGGUACCACGUAUCUAUAUAAUAACUUGUACAAACCAAAUAAGUAUUCGCUUUUAAGAAAUAUUUAUUAUUAUGGUAUUUUAUUUUACUAUUUUGUUUUACAGUUAGGUUAAAUUGAUUAUUUUACACUGACUUGUUUAUCAAUACUAAUUAAUUCCACGGGCAAUAAAAAAAAUAAAUAGAAUUUAAUUAGGAAUUAAUGUUUAUUUUAAGAUGCAAUCGAUGCUUUAAAUACUCUAAAACCAACUGAUAUAACAUUAGUUAAGUCUAUGAAAAAUCCUCCUGAAAUGGUAAAAACUGUAAUGGCAGCAGUAUGUGUGAUGAAAGGAGUAUCACCAGAUAAAAUUCCCGAUCCUAAUAAACCGGGACAAAAGGUAACGGUUAACAUUUAUUUAUAAAUACAUGUAUACAUGAUAAAAAAUAAUGUUUGUAUUUACUAGAUACUUGAUUUUUGGGGCCCGAGUAAACGUAUAUUAGGUGAUAUAAAUUUUUUGCAAAGAUUAAAAGAGUAUGACAAGGAUAAUAUACCUUCUCAGAUUAUGACUAUAAUACGAAAAACAUAUCUCCCGGAUACGAAUUUUAAGCCUCCAAUUGUAGCUAAAGCUUCUAGUGCUGCAGAAGGUUUGUGCAAGUGGAUAAUUGCAUUGGAUAUGUAUGAUAAAGUGAUUAAAGUUGUGGCGCCGAAAAAAGAAAAACUAGAAAUAGCUAAUUCUGAAUAUGAAGCGACUAUGGCUGUGUUGGAAGAAAAACGAAAUGAAGUAAGACAAUUACAGGAGAGAUUAGAUUCUCUAAAAGAUAGAUUGGAAGAGACGGUGUUAAAUAAAGAAAAAUUACUGGCAGAAGUAGCGUUAUGUCAAAGCAAGUUAAUUAAAGCUGAAAAACUCAUAGGUUUGGAUAAAAUAUUCUAACACGUACUUAUAUCUAUUUAUAUAAUUCUAAAUAUAAAAUUUAAAUUUAUUUAGGAAGCCUUGGCGGUGAGAAAAAUCGUUGGGUUCAAUGUGCCGAAGAGCUUCAAAUUAAAUAUGAUUGUAUACCUGGGGAUAUUCUUAUAUCUUGUGGAAUAAUUGCAUAUUUGGCUCCGUUUACAUCUCACUUCAGGUAUUUAAAUCAAUAAUAAUGCAUUAGCUUUUUAAUUGUUUGCACUCAUUUUUUAGAUCUUUAAUAAUUGAUAAAUGGAAGUUAUUGUGUAGUGAUUUAAAUAUUCCAAGCUCGAAUAGUUAUAGUUUGAUUGAUGUUUUGGGCGUGCCGGUAAAAAUUCAAAAUUGGAUCAUUAACGGUUUACCAAUGGACUCGUUUUCAAUCGAUAAUGCUAUAAUAAUGGAUGGGUCUCAAAGAUGGUCUUUACUUAUUGAUCCUCAAGGUCAAGCGCACGAGUGGAUUAAAACGAUGGAAAAAUCAAAUGAUAUAAUAAUUGUUAAGUUAACAAACUCAAAUUAUAUGAAAAGUAUUGAGGCUGGUAUAGAAUUAGGAAAACCGGUAUUAAUUGAAAACGUAUCAGAAGACUUACAUACACCUUUAGAUCCGGUUUUACUGAAGCAAACUUAUAAUGAAGGUGACUAAACAUUUUGUUAAGAUUUAAUGUUUGAAAACAAAAAACCAAUCAAAAAUGUUUAUAGUAAUUUUAUCUAUAAAAAUUGUUGAAUAAUUGUGGACCUAAAAAAUAAAGUAAUAAUCGUUUUAUUUAUUAUAAAAUAAAUACAAAUAUUUUAGAUAUUAUAGUUUCAAACAUUUUAGUCUUACCGAUUUUUAAUUACAUGUGAGUGCCUUGUAAUCAUUAUGUUCAUAUUGUGUUUGUUUAUUUUAUAUUUUAGGAAAUACAGUGUUUAUAACACUCGGAAAUAAAGUUAUUGAAUAUAAUUCAAAAUUUCGACUAUACAUUACAUCUAAAUUUAGAAAUCCACAUUAUUUACCCGAAAUAUUUAAUAAAGUUACUAUAAUAAAUUUUGCAUUAACAGUGGAAGGCUUGGAAGAGCAAUUGUUGGGAAUUGUUGUGGCUAAAGAACGGUGAAUAUUCUUAUUGUUAAUAUAAUAUUUUACUUUCCUUAAACCACAUUUUUUCUCUCAAUAUCAGACCUGAUUUGGAAUCAAAAAGACAACAGUUGAUACUUGAAGGAACUGAGAACGCUAAAGCAUUGUUAGACGUUGAAAAUAAUAUUCUUCAAAUACUUUCGGCACCAGGAAACAUAUUAGAAGAUGAAAAUGCAGUUGACGUUUUAGACAAUUCUAAGGUUAAAAUAAUAUAAGAGUUAAAAUUGCUAUAGGUUUGAAUUCUACAAAUAUUUUCAAAAAUUACCUUAAUUUUUAAGAAAAACAAAAAUCUAUUCCUUAGUCAAUUAAUAAUACCUAUUAACUUGAAAGUAUUUAUUUGACAACUAAUAUUAUUAAAUAAUUCAAAUUAACAGAUCAUAUAUAAAAAAAAAAUACAUAAAAACCACCCGUUGAGCAGUAGAACUCUGUUUCUAGUGUCGAAAUGUGUAUUUUUAAACACUUAUUAUCGAUAUGAUCGAUGACUUUAUGAAUUGUGAUUAUUAUUUACUAGAUAUUAGCUAAGGAAAUCACGCAGAAACAAUCCGCUUCUGUUGAAACAAUCGCAGUCAUCGACGAGUUCAGGUUACAGUACAAGCCAAUUGCUAAACACUGUUCUAUACUUUAUUACUGCAUUACCGAUUUGCCCAAUCUCGAUCCAAUGUACCAGUAUUCAUUGACUUGGUUUAUCGAUAUAUUUAUCGUGGCAAUCGAAACAGCGUGAGUAAUAAUUUUUUUAUUUUCAUUUAAAAUAAUAUUUAUUUAUAAGAUUUCUUGUAGAAUUUUUGUACAUAGGAUAAAAAAAUAAACACCUUUGUAAAAUCAAUACAUUCUUCGCUACACUUAUAAUCUAAAUUUAGUUUUCGGUGUAGUUUACUUAAACAGUUCAAUGCACAUAGUCUCCACGAAUUGGCUGUAUUAAAUACCUAUAAUAAAACAAAUUCAUUUAUAUUAUACCAACAAAUUAACAAAAAUUAAAUUUUAUAAAAACGUAAUUUAUUCGACAUACUUUAUUAUUAGCAUAUGAUUCAAGUAUUUUGGUACCAAACGGUAUAAUGUAAAAUAACUGCUCUUCUCCGUCGUGAUACGCUUUGACCAAUAAUAUUUUUAGGUCUCCAAACAUCAUACAAAUUUGUUUAUCUUUGGCUAACGCCACCAUUCUUAACCAAUGGCCCAAAUAACUUAGCCAUGACUUACUAGAUAACUUUGCAUUUGGUUUAUCACGUUUCAAUAAAACCUAACGAGAUACAAAAAAUAUUAUUUUAAAAUACAUCAUAUUCGCCAUUGUACAAAAUAUAAAUAAAAUAAAAUAUUUAUACUCACUUUAAUAUAUUUUAUGAUUUCUAAUAGUAUUAAUGCAUUUUCAUUUAACGAGUCUAAAAAUAUUAAGUAUAACGUAUGAUCAUUUAAUUCAACGUAAAUCCGGUCCAUGACAAUAUGAUUUGUUAACCAUGAUAAACAUUUAAUAUCAGUAUCAACGAUAAUGUCUCUAUUUUGUUACUCUAUAUAUGGUAUACAAUUUAAAAAAAACAAUAAUUAACAACAUUAAUCAACAUAAUAUUAAUAAAUCAGCUACAGCAUAUUUGACUGAAAUGUUUUCUACAAUUUUUAAAUUGUGUAAGUAAAUAAUAUAAUAUUAACCUUAGUUUGAAGAUUUCGAUUAACAUGUUAAAGAUGAUAUUUGUUUUAUCUUUGCAUUGUUUUACAGAUCCAUAAAUUUUAAUAGCAUCGUUUUUUUUAGCAUUCCAGCCGUUGACAACUAAUAAAAAUAAAGUUUGGGAUACAAGGGUAUUUCUUUUAUUCAUAAAUUAUAUACCAGAUAUUUUCAUAGUGACAUAAUUGUGAUAAAAUAUUAUGAUGUUAUAUAUAUAUAUAUAUUUUUUUUAAAAUAAAUAUUAGAUUCUGAGUGGAGCAACGAAGCUUAUGGCUUUACAAAGAUUUUUAUUAUUAUUUUUUUUUCAAAAGAUCUUCCUUCGAUUUUUAUGUGUAGCACCUUUUUUGAAAGGAAAUCGGUGUGGGGAAGUUCCUUUAAAGAGGUUAUUUUUCGAUUUUCUCAAAAGUUUUCCCAUUAAAUGUGAAAAACCGAGAAAACUUGGGGAAAUCGGUACUACAUUAAAUAAACAUUAUUAAAGAAAACAUAUAGAGCCUAUUUAAUUAUUUUAUUAUAAUAUGGCAUACACAUUGUUAACAAAGUACCACUAUUAACUAAACUCCGCAAAGAAUUGUUUUCUUGAAGCAAUGGUUUAUCGUUGCUUACGGGUAUACAUUAAAUUACCUAUAACAGUGACUGCACCCGUCUUUAUUAUCUUAGGACGUUUUAUUUUAAUUCAAAGUCCACAAAAACGGCCGUAUCCUUAAAUAGUAAUCAGAGAUAGCGGAUUAUUAGAAAAAUCUUAGUAUUAAAUGUUAAAAAAUGAUUAACUUUAUAAUAUACACGAUUCAAAUAAUCUUAUGUUCUAAAUUUCUAAUUUUGAACAUUUAGUUUUAUAAUUAUUAUAAAAACUUUGUGAGUUAAUAAGAGCUUUUGUUACAGCCGGUGGUACAACGCAUAGCGUAUUUAACUUAACUUGUCGGUCAAACUCGGACCGACCGUAGCAUUUGGAAAUUAAUUUCCAUGCAUUGUGGUCAUUUUCGGAUGUGUGAAUAACAGGGCGCGUUUCCGGCUCCGUGUAACAUUAUAUAAAUGCAUUUAUACAAAUCGUUUUAAAGACCCAGAAUAAAAAUUUAGGGAAUUAAUUAUGUACGGCUCUUUUAAUUAAAAAAAUAAAACGAAAUAACAAAAAAAUAAAUGACUUUAUAAUUAACGAUUUUUCAUAGUAUAAUGUACACAAUUGCAUGCAUUUUAUCAACAUGAUACAGAUUCAUUCCAGAUUUUCCGUGAUAUACAACAAAAUGACCAUAGUAUAAAACACGGCGACAACAGAAUGGUUUUUGAAAUCUAACAAUAGUACGGCGUUAUUAUUAUAGUACGAGUAUAAGAACAAAAUAUAAUAUUGACAUAAUAUUAAUAAAUCUAUAUAAGUUGUUAAUGGACGAAAAGAAAUAUAUAAAUCGAUUUAUAUAAUUCAAACAAUUUAAAUUAAAUUUGAAUUGUCAGAAUGACAGCGAAAAAAACAACAUUUAAGACUAAACGUUAAUGGCAGAGUGACAGAAUUGCAGUAAACAAGAGUACAAGAGCUAAAAAAAACUGUUGCUAAGUGAAAAAACAAACUGGGACGUAACAUAUGAUUGACGUAGUGUGUAUUUUCCAAGAGUACAUUAUUAUUACUGCUUAUAUUAUGUUAUAUUGUAAUGUAAUAAAAUAAUAAUAUUUGCUUUGUGAACCCAGGUUCGUAUUAAGAGGGCAAGGGAAGGAAACAAUUGCGGUUGAUUUUGAGGUGGCAGCUAAUUUUUUUUAACAUUUGUGUAUUUUACUGUAAUUAUUUUUUUCUUUUUUCUCUAUGUAUAAUAAUUAUACUCAUAGGGAUUUGUAUGAAGUUUUGCCUGUUUAUUUUUUGGUACUAUGUAGUUAUAUAGUAAAUUUUCCCAUUUUUCCUAUGUAUUUUUCUAUUUAUUAUGAAAACUCCCGGGAAAAUCAAAAAAAACUUCCUUAAAGUACUACCCCACUAAAAUGUCCUUUCUGAAAAAGUGUAACACAUAAAAAUCGGAGUAAUAUUUCUGGUAGAAAAGUUGCGCAAAGAUAAAGAAAAGAAAAGUAAUAAAGAUCUUUGUAAAACUAUAAGCUUCGUCGCCCCACUCAGAAUCUAAAAUAUAAACAUUACUGUAAAACCAAUACAUUCCGCGCUCCGCUCCGAAUUUAAAAUCAUAAGAUUCAAUUUACUUAUGAAUGAGUUACUUAUAUCAAAAUAUAUUUGUAACUUUUUAAAUUUUAUUAAAGAAACGUAAAUUAUGAUAAUUCUAUAUAAGUGUCAUAUUUAAAAACAGUUGUUAGUGACCAUUCACAGAUACAGUUCAAGGCAUACAUAAAUUACACAUAAUAUAUCUAUCCAUUUAAUAAAUAUGAUUAUAAAUUCAUAUGGCUAAAGUUGAAUUGCAAAAUUGUAUAUUGUUGGUUUAGAAACAAAUCGAAAACGAUUUCUAUACGUCUUGAGGCUCUGAAAAAAACAUUUACAUAUAAUUUGUACACUAACGUAUGCCGAUCGUUAUUUGAAAAGGAUAAAAUUUUAUUUUCUUUCAUUAUAUGUACUACAUUAAUGCUGUGAGUAAACGAUAAAAUAAUAUUUGUAUUUAUAGUUAAUGAUUUUUGAACCGUUCUUAAUUAUAGCGCGGACAAUAAAAUCAACAAGGAAGAAUUAAUGUUUCUUAGAACGGACGGCGUUGACGUGAAAAAUACUUUUCCUAAUCCUGGGCCCGAUUGGCUUCUCGAUAAAAGUUGGAAUGAGAUAUGCCGUUUAGAUCAAUUAAAUGCGUACAAUGGUAGUUAUAGAUUUGAAAUCUCAUUAAUAAAUUACUUACUGUUAAUGCUAAUAUUAUUCGUUUCAGGAAUAAAAGAUGAUUUAAUAAAAAAUGUUGAAUAUUGGAAAAAUUAUUAUUACUUAACUGAUGGUGAAAACCAUAAAUUUCCUAAUCCUUGGCACGAUAAAUUAAGUAAUUUUCAACGCAUUCUCGUUGUACGUACUAUUAGGCCCGAUAAAGUCAUACCUGUUAUCGCUAAAUUUAUUGAAGCAGAACUGGGAGAACAAUUUAUCUAUAAUCUACCGUUUGAAAUACAAAAAUCUUAUGGUGAUUCAACUUGUUUGAGUCCACUUAUAUUCAUUCUCUCACCAGGAGUAGAUCCUAUGGUGAGCUUGUUACAGUUUGCACACAAACUGGGUAAAACGGAGACUUUACGAAAUGUUUCAUUGGGUCAAGGACAAGUUAAUAACACAAUAUUAUAUAAAUUAGAUAAUAUUUGAUAUACUUAGCAUAAAAACGAUGAUAUUUUGUUCAAGGGUCCCAUAGCCGAAUUAUUGAUACGAGACGCGCAAAAAACAGGAGGUUGGGUAUGUUUGCAAAAUUGUCAUUUAGCUAUUACAUGGAUGGAGCAAUUAGAAGCGAUCUGUGAUGGGUUUGACGAUUUUAACGUUAAUAGCGAAUUUAGAUUGUGGCUGACCAGUUAUUCUUCGGAUAAAGUAUUACUACGACAAAUUGCUUAUUUUUGGGAAUAUUUUUUAAUUUGAAUAAUUGAUCUUAGUUCCCAGUUUCCGUGCUCCAAAAUGGCGUCAAAAUGACUAAUGAGCUACCGACAGGUUUGCAAGCCAAUAUGCUCAGAAACUAUCAGUCAUACCCGGUCAAAGAUCAAAACUUUUUUGAAGGUUGUCCGGGUAAAGAACAUAUAUUUACAAAACAAUUAUACGGACUUACGUUUUUCCAUGCUGUUGUACAAGAACGUAGAAGAUUUGGGCCUAUCGGAUGGAAUAUCCCUUACGGAUUUAAUGAAUCCGAUUAUCAUAUCUCCAUACAAGAACUCCAAGUGCAUAAUAUACAUAGAAAUUCAAUUUCGAACACAUUAUUAAUUAAAUUAUUUUUAGUUUUAUAUUAACGAAUUUAAUGAGAUACCGUUCGAGGCGGUUAAAUAUUUAACCGGAGAAUGCAACUAUGGCGGUAGAAUAACUGACGAUUGGGACAGACGUACGUUGAAUACAAUUUUGAAUAUAUUCUGCUGUCCGCAAAUAGUUGAAAAUCCUUAUUAUUUAUUCUGUGAUUUAAGCGAAAAAUAUGGUAUCCCUUACCGUAGCAACUAUCAAGAUUUUAUAAAAAAAAUUGAAGUACUUAUAAAAUCUUAUAAAAACUUAUAAAAACUCAUAUUUUUUUUCCAACGAAUCUAAAUUAAAAUAACUACAUUCAUCUUUUUCCAACAGGAAAUUCCGGUUGCAUCCAACCCAGAAGUGUUUGGAUUGCACAUGAAUUCAGGAAUUACUCGUGAUUUACAGGCGACGUCACAAUUUUUUAAUUCGUUUACAUCAGUAGUAGAGUCGUGCAGUAACAAUACAGACUAUAUCGAUACGAUGGAUAAUUUGUUGAUGGUAAUUGCGUCUGAUAUACUCGCGAAGCUUCCAGACGAUUUCGACAUAGAAACGGCAAUGACAAAAUACCCUGUUAUGUACGCCGAUUCUAUGAACACGGUUCUUAUUCAAGAAAUGGACCGUUUUAACGUACUAUUGUCCGUGAUUCGUAAAAGCUUACAUGACUUGAUAAAAUCCAUCAAAGGCGCUAUUGUUAUGACGCCUGAACUAGAAACCAUGGCAUUAUCGUUAUCUGCGGCAAAAUAUCCAGUAUUUUGGUCAAAAUUUUCUUAUCCGAGUCUUAAGUCCUUAAGCGGAUACAUAUCUAAUUUUAUCGAGCGACUUAAUUUCUUACAAGUAAGUCCCGCCAUACGGGUAGAUACAUAAUAUUACUAUGGCAUUACAACUUUCGUAAAAAAUGAUAACACAGUAUUAUUUAUCAAAUAUUAGUUGGCUAUACAUUUGAAUUUGCCCAAUAUUCUCUAAACAUUUUAUAUAUUUUUUAUCAUCCAAAUAUUUAAAUAGGUACUUACUACCAACUAAUAAUAAUGUUUAUAUUAGACAAAUAUUCUACUCAAAUUUAAUUUUUGAUUUAAAUAUAAGUACAUUAAAAUAAAAAAUAGAACUUUUAACAAUGUUAUCAGACCUUGAAUUCAUGGGCAUAUUAUUGAACUUUAAUACAUACAUUAUAUUAUGUAUAUAUUUUUAAAAUAUUAAUGUUUUAAUAAUUUAAGAUUAAUUAAAUUGUAUAAUAAGUUUUAAACUAAAACAAAUAAUAAUAAAUUUACAGCCAAAUGUAAUGUAAAUGUAAAUCAGGUAGUAUAAUUAUUUAUAAAUUAAACAGUUGAUUUAGAUUAUACUUACUCCUUAAUUAGUAUUUACUCUUUAUAAAUUACUUUGAAUAUUAAGUGUAAUGCGGUGGAUAAUAUACAAAUAUUUAAAACGUUUAUAUUUUUUUUUAUAAUGAUCAUUUUAUAAUAUUUAGUUCUUACGUAAUAUUAUUUUAAAUUUUAGACAAAUAAUUGAACAUAGUAUAAUAAUAUUGUUGUGUAAAUAAGCUAUAAAGUAUUUAGGUAAUAGAUAAGUAUUUAUGACUGUGUUGUUGAUAAGGUCUACACCUUAUCAGAAUUAUUUAUUAGAAUUAUUUACAAGUAGUAAAAUACAAUUUUAUUUAAAUUUUAGUCCAGUUAAAAAUAUAAAAAUAAAUAAAUGCUUACAAUUAUAUUAUAAUUUAUUAUCUAUACAGUUGUUUGUUACAAAUAUUAUAUUUCAAAUUCAAAUCAUAGAUACCUAUAUUUACGAAACAAAACGGAUAGUACGGGUAUUCUGGUUCGAAUAAUUCCGAGUUAACGAUCCUUGUUUCGGUAUUCCAGUGCCGUAAUAAACAUAAUAUAGACAACGGAAGGAGCGACAAAAGACAAACGCUUAGACAUUUACGAAACAUUAAGUUAAUCCGACGGCUAAACGACGUUGUUAUCUAAAAUGAAUACACGACACGUAAAUUAUGACUGACAAAUACCUAUCCGAGUAAAAUAUUUUUAGAUUAAAGUUGUUCGUUCAGAGCGCACGACGGAAGUUUAAUACAUCUACUCUUUUAUGGUUUUUGUUUAAAAUUUAAUUUACCGGUAAUUUUCAUUAUUACCUACUUAUAUUAUUCCUUUUGUUUUGUACUCGAAACAAACAACGAGCGUUUUUCAUGUUGCAGGACGUAGGUAAAUUCGGCGAUAAGUUUCAAAAACAAUAAAUUAUUAUUUACGCGUAUUGUGCAUAUAGUGUAUAGUUUAUACUUAAUACUUGUAUAUUUAUAAUUAAUGCCUGUGUAUUCUAUUAUGCUGUAUUAAGUGUAAACUGUUACCGAAUUACGUUAUAUCAUAUCCAUAUUUUUUUCUUAUUUCUUCAAUCUGAAUGCGUUUGAUUUUGUUUUAGGUUUGGUACGAUAAAGGUAAACCAAACAAUUUCUGGCUUAGCGGAUUUUUUUUCCCUCAAGCAUUUCUUACCGGAGCUAUGCAAAAUUUUUCUCGCCGUCAUACUAUACCCAUCGAUCAAUUGUGCUACGAUUUUAAAGUGCAAUACACCGACAGAAUCGAUGCGUCUCCCGAGGACGGAGUAUACUGUUACGGUCUGUUUUUAGACGGGGCUCGUUGGGAUAGGUCCGCGUAUGUUUUUUUUGAUAUUUAUUUUUUUUUAAAUAUUUAAUACGCUUUAUGCACGAUGAUUUAUUAAUAAAAUUAUUAAAAACGAUUGAUGUUGGCAUUUUAGAUCCGUUGUAUUGGUGUUUAAUCAUCUAGGUCGAUAUUCAAUAUAAUAUUUUUUAAUAUUUAAACGUGUAUUUUUUAGAUUUAUUUAUUAUUAUAUUUAAUAACUACAAUAAUACAUUGUUUUUUUUUUGUAUUACAGGAUGGUACUGGCGGAACAAUUUCCAAAAGUAUUGACAGACGUGUUACCGUUAGUAUGGUUUAUACCUAUACGGAAAAAUGAGUUGAUAAAGGGAAAUAGGUAUACGUGCCCCGUGUAUAAGACUUCGGAAAGAAGAGGAAUAUUGUCUACGGCGGGCCAUUCUACCAAUUACGUUUUACCGAUGUUUCUCGAUAACAAUAAAAAUCCCUGUCAUUGGAUAUACCGCGGAGUAGCCUUACUUUGUCAAUUGAACGACUAA